UUGAGUUUUGACGGCGGACGUCCCGGUGACGGACGGAGGGACACAUGCAGCGUGCGGAGAUCCGGGAGCGGAGCACCUGAGAGCCCGGAGAGGAGCGGAGCGGAGCCCGGUCCGACAGCAGCCCACAGCCGGUCCCGGUCCCGGUCCCGGUCCGCGGCGUGAGGAGGACGGAGGAGGAGAACCGACACACACCCGCCGAGAUGGCUUCAGCCAGAGAUCCAGGAGCGUCGCUGGAGCAGAGAGAUCCAGCCGACCAGAACUUCGACUACAUGUUCAAACUGCUGAUUAUCGGCAACAGCAGCGUGGGGAAGACCUCCUUCUUGUUCCGCUACGCAGACGACUCCUUCACCUCGGCGUUUGUCAGCACGGUGGGCAUCGACUUCAAGGUCAAGACCAUCUACAGGAACGACAAGAGGGUCAAGCUGCAGAUAUGGGACACGGCCGGGCAGGAGCGAUACCGGACCAUCACCACGGCGUACUACCGAGGAGCCAUGGGAUUCCUGCUCAUGUACGACAUAACAAGCCAGGAGACAUUCUGCGCCGUGCAAGACUGGGCAACGCAAAUCAAGACUUACUCAUGGGACAACGCUCAGGUGGUCCUGGUGGGCAACAAACUGGACCUGGAGGAGGACAGGCAGGUCCCGAUGGAGGACGCCCAGAGACUGGCCAAAGAGCUCGGCUUUGAGUUCUUCGAAGCAAGCGCCAAAGACAACGUCAACGUGAAGCAGGUGUUCGACAAGCUGGUGGACGUCAUCUGCGAGAAGAUGAACGAGACGGUCAACGGCAACGCCGGCCAGUCGGCCAAUCAGAAAGGCGGCGACCUGAAGGACACGCCCCUCACCAGUCAGAGCGGCUGUGCGUGUUGAUAGUGGGAACCUUUAAAAAAAAAUAAAAAACAGUUUGAGAAGCUGAAUGCACAUUGAGACACCUACAAAUAGAAAUGCCUGCUAACGUUACUGGAACCACUAUCAGCAGCUGCAGCUCCACUUAGGUUCUUUAUUUUAACUAAACUUCACUGUUAUUCGGUGUUUGGAGCACCUCCUCAUAAAGAUUUGAUGUGACUGUUACUCUGAGAUGCCAAAGAGCUGCACGGCGCCGCUGCGCCUUCAGCACACCUUCACCUCCAGCAGAGCGGCACACAGCACCUGUUGCUGCAGGGAGUCGCUGGGAUUUCUUUAUGCAAUGCUGCCCUCUUGUGGACGUGACGCGAAACUGCAUUACUGUGAUUCCUUCAAUGUGCUGUGAGCGUCUCGUGAUAAAGUUAAACACACCUGACAGAAGGCGUCACUCACCUGAGGGCGUUACGUCAUUCCACGCGAAUGUAAUCCGAUGUUUCUUUGGAGCGACGUACUCACUUCUUCUCUUAUUUAUUUUCUUCUUGUUGCAUAUUAAUGUUCAACAACUUCAUUUGCCAAGUUCAUAGAGUUCCUCCAAACGUGGAAUAUAAAUAUAUAUGAAUCUAUGCAUCACA